CAUUCUACAUACACUUCUUCACAAACCCUUCUCAACCUUUUUAUUUUAAAAAUAGUGCAAGCCUCAAAUUCAAAUUGGAUUACAACAUAGCCAAAAAAUAAUGGAGGCCAAUAUUUCCUAUGAUACAAAAACCUCUAAUAUUUACCAUGCUCUACAUACCCCCAUGCUGAAUAGUAGCAAAAAACCAUCAAAGGUUAUUAUUGUGACAUUUGCAUCCAUUGUAUUCCUAAUAUCAAUGGUUGCACUAAUUAUAAAUCAAAGCCAAAAUUCUUUUAAAAAAAUAGAAAUUAUUCAUGUUACUAACAUUUCCUCAAGUAUAAAAUUGCCUAGAGGAGUUGCUCAAGGAGUUUCAGCCAAGUCCAAUUCAUUUCAUUUCCAUAAAGUUUCAUAUAAUUGGACAAAUGCAAUGAUUUCUUGGCAAAGAACAGCUUUCCACUUUCAACCCCAAAAGAAUUGGAUGAAUGAUCCCGAUGGCUUUAUUUUGCUUGGCAGAUUAUCUACAAGCUUGCACCAAAAGAAUGUGCCUCCCUUCUGGUUAGUAUUGUAAUAGUUAAGAAAUUGAAUUACAUCUUGAUGUAAUAUGGAGAAUUUUGAAUUGGAAGUUGUUUG